AGAUAUAAUUUACUUCCGUUUCCUGUAACUUUAAACAAAUGGCUUCCAGCUAUGAGUCGUAUGAUGAUUGCGACGGUCAUGUGCCGAAACGACAGCGCACUGAAGGGGAAUAUGAAGUCCGACAAGAGCGGCACAACACAAAUCCAUCAAAAGUCGUUCACGUUCGGGGAUUAAGUGAUAUGGUCGUUGAAAAUGAUUUGAUCGAAGCUGUUCAACGAUUCGGUGAAAUACAAUAUAUUAUAAUGAUGCCUAAUAGACGUCAAGCUUUGGUCGAAUUUAACGAUAUCAAAGAAGCCAUCAGUUGUGUUGACUAUGCUCAGCAAAAUCAAAUAUAUGUAGCCAAUCAACCAGCCUUUUUUAAUUACUCUACGAGUAAAAGAAUUCAGAGACCACCUAACGAAACUGAUGCAGAAGGGAACGCUAAUAAAGUGUUGUUGUUUACUAUUUUAAAUCCUCAGUAUCCAAUAACAACGGAUGUUAUGCAUACAAUUUGCAAUGCAAACGGAAAAGUACUGAGAAUCGUGGUGUUCAAAAAAAAUGGAGUGCAAUCUAUGCCAACAAAAUUAAACGUCUAUAAGAAUGACAGCGAAUCCUAUGAUUAUACAAAUCCUAAUCUAGGUCAAAAUGAACAUCGCGGAAAUGCACCCCUUCUUCAGGAACCUCGGUAUGGAUCUGGACCAACUCCUUAUGGUGGACGAAAUCAAGGUUCAUCUCAAGGCCUAGCAGGUCCUCCAAACAUACCUCCUGGUCCAGGAGGACCUGGAUAUGGACCGCCGUUAGAAAAUGAUAGUAGACCUCCGCCAGGUGGAGGAUAUGGAAUGGGACCUCGAGGACCAAAUGGCCCUAUAGAAUAUGGCGGUGGAGGCGGUGGGGCAGGAGGAGGAGGAGGUGGAGGCGGCGGCGGUGGUGGUGGUGGUGGUUACGACUAUGGUCCUCAGUCAGGAAUGGGUGGUAGCAUGCCUAUGGGUGAUAAUCGAGGUAUGGGUGCAGGAUAUGGACCUGAGUACGGAGGUUAUGAUGGGCCACCAGGAGUCCAAGGUUGUGUUCUGAUGGUUUAUGGCUUAAAUCCAGAAGUCAUGACUUGCCAGCGAGUCUUCAAUAUUUUUUGCCUUUAUGGUAAUGUUAUAAGGGUGAAGUUUUUGAAAUCAAAGGAAGGAACAGCUAUGAUUCAAAUGAACGAUCCUUCUAGUUGUGAUCGUGCGGCAAAAAAUUUGAAUAAGGCGUCCCUUUUUGGUCAAGAAUUACAAAUAGCCAAAUCAAAACAACCGUAUCUGCUAGAGGUCCAUAGUAAUUAUGAGUUACAUGAUGGAUCACCUUCAUAUGUAGACUAUUCUUCGCAUCGCAACAAUCGUUUUUCAACUCGUGAAGCAGCUCAGAAAAACCGCAUUCAAGCCCCUUGUCCUGUGUUACAUUAUUAUAACGCACCACCGUCAGUUGGGGAACAGGAAAUAAUCAGACUGUUCAAUAAUCUACAGAUAUCUCCACCAGUCUCUGUAAAACAAUUUCCACCGAAAAGUGACCGUAGUAGUUCGGGCGUGUUAGAAUUUAAAUCUGUAGAGGACGCUUUAGAAGCUCUUGCUCUCGGUAAUCAUGCUGCUAUCGACAAUCCACAGGGAAAGGCUCCUUACACAUUUAAACUGUGUUUUUCGUCAAGCCCAAAAUAUUGA